AUGGCUCAGCAACGAAUGGCAUCUCAGGGGCAACCAAUGCAGCAGCAGCAACAACAGCAGCAGCAGGCGCAGUUUCGAUACAUGGCACCCAGCUCGAACCACAUUCAGAAUCAGUCCACCAUCAGUAUUUCUCAAAUGCCAGGACCUGGAUCUCAGAAUCAGAUGAACGCCGCUGGCUUUCCUUCCGCUGGUCCUGCUGGCUCUGCUGGACAGCCCGUCAAUCAGAGCCGACUCGGCGAGCAGCAGCAGGUGAAUCACGCGAACAACAAUAACAACAAUGCCAACACGCUAAUAAUAAACAACACCGACAAUGAGAAACGGAAACUGAUUCAGCAGCAGCUCGUCCUGCUACUGCACGCCCACAAGUGUCAGCGACGAGAGCAGCAACAGCGACAGAAUGGCACCGAGCCGAUCAAGCCCUGCGCCCUUCCUCACUGUCCCACCAUGAAACAAGUUCUUGCUCACAUGGCCACCUGUCAAUCGGGUAAAAAUUGCAAUAUUCCCCACUGUUCCAGUUCACGGCAGAUCAUCAACCACUGGAAGAACUGCCCUAGGACCGACUGUCCAGUGUGUCUUCCACUGAAGCAAGCGAAUGAUCGCAAGCCCCAGCAGCAACUAACAUCUCAGGCAAUGGGUGGAGUGAACUCCUCCAACCUGCUGAUGAAUGCCACUUCGAUGCAGGCGCCCUCGCAGGCACCACCCACCGCCCAACAGCAGCAGCAUCAACAGCAGCAGCAGCAGCAGCAGUCGCAACAGCAGCAAUCGCAGUCGCAGAUUCAAAGCGACGACAUGCAGAAGGCGUACCAGGCACUGGGUCUUCCCUACAACAGCAAUGCCUCCAGCUUCAUGCAGAGCCAGCAGUCAAACAUGAACGUCAACUCGCAGUUUCCGCAGGUGCACAACCAGUCCAAGGACUGGCACAAUGUGGUCAACUCUGACCUGCGACAGCACCUGGUACAGAAGAUAGUGCAGGCGAUCUUUCCCAACUCCGACCAGAACCUGCCGCCGCAGGACAAGCGGCUCACCAAUCUGUUCACCUACGCGCGCAAGAGGCGNCCGGACGUUGGCGGGUUGAUUUCAAAGUCUGACCCGUUCGCCGACGAGAAGAAGCCAAAGUUGGACAGUACCAGUUCGCCUGCUUUUAAAUCCGAAACGGCCUUCAAGUCAGAGAGUGGUUUCAAGUCGGAAGCGCCCUUCAAAUCAGAGGCGGCUUUCAAAUCGGAGAGUGGCUUCAAGUCGGAGAGCAAGACUGAGUUUAAGUCUGAAACGUCCAACGGUGCCACGCCACCACCUCCAUCUUCAACUACGGGCGUCGCCGUGAAGUCUCCCAAGUCUCCCGACUCGAAGGAUCAAAGCGCAAUGGAGAUGGACUCGUCGAGCAGCAGCACCGCCGUGGCGACCGUCUCCAAGACCUCGCCAUCUUCCUCCUCCUCCUCCGGCGCCAGUGGCCCCUCGAAGAAGAAGGUCUUCAAGCCGGACGAACUUCGACAGGCCUUGAUGCCGACGCUGGAGAAGCUGUACAAGCAGGACCCCGAGUCGUUGCCCUUUCGCCAGCCAGUGGACCCGACUGCGCUGCAGAUUCCCGACUACUUUGAGAUCAUCAAGAAGCCGAUGGACCUGUCGUCGAUCAAGAAGAAGCUCGACACUGGGCAGUACAUCGACCCCUGGCAGUACGUGGACGACGUCUGGCUGAUGUUCGACAAUGCCUGGCUGUACAACAGGAAAACUUCGCGCGUCUAUCGUUACUGCUCAAAGCUCGCGGAAGUGUUUGAACAAGAAAUCGAUCCAGUCAUGCAGAGCCUGGGCUACUGCUGCGGACGGAAGUACGUCUUUCAGCCUCAAAUUCUGUGCUGCUAUGGAAAGCAGUUGUGUACCAUUCCUCGUGAUGCCAAGUACAUGAAUUACCAGAAUAGGUACACCUACUGUAUGAAGUGCUUUUCCGAUAUUCCCGGUGAAAUGGUAACGGUGGGCGAUGCCUUGGGCUUUGAAGCCACCUCCACCGUGCAGACCAUUGCGAAGAGCAAGUUUAUCGAGGCGAAGAACGACCACCUUGAUUUGGAGCCCUUUCUCCAGUGCAAAGAGUGCGACCGCAAGCUGCAUCAAAUCUGUGUCCUUCACAUGGAUCAGAUUUGGCCAGAAGGUUUCACAUGUGAUGGCUGCUUACGACGGGAAGGCAGGCGGCGGAAGGAGAACAAGUACGGUGCCAAGCGGCUACCCACCACCAAGCUGGGCACGUACAUUGAGGGCCGUGUUAAUGGGUUCCUGCGCCGGAAGGAAACCGGUGCUGGCGAGGUCUUUAUUCGCGUCGUCUCCAGCUCGGAUAAGAUUGUCGAAGUGAAGCCCGGCAUGAAAGCGCGGUACGGCAACUUGCCCAAUUGGGUGGACUCGUUUCCGUAUCGAGCGAAGGCCCUCUUUGCCUUUGAAGUCAUUGACGGCACUGAUGUGUGCUUCUUUGGCAUGCACGUGCAGGAGUAUGGCUCAGAGUGUUCUCCGCCAAACACGAGACGAGUGUACUUGGCGUACCUCGAUUCAGUGUACUUUUUCCGUCCAAAGCAAUACCGAACUGCGGUGUACCAUGAGAUCCUUCUGGGGUACCUUGACUACGCCAAGCAGCUCGGCUACACCAUGGCGCACAUUUGGGCCUGUCCACCCUCUGAAGGCGAUGAUUACAUUUUCCACUGUCAUCCGGUGGAGCAGAAAAUUCCCAAGCCGAAGAGGUUACAGGAGUGGUACAAGAAGAUGCUGGACAAGGGAAUGGUCGAGAGGGUCGUCCUGGACUACAAGGACAUCUUGAAGCAGGCGAAUGAGGACAAUCUGAAGAUUGCCUCUGAGCUGCCCUACUUUGAGGGUGACUUUUGGCCGAAUGUGCUGGAGGAGUCGAUAAAGGAGAUUGAAAUGGAGCAGCAAAAACAACAGCAGCAGCUCGACACGAUCAAAUCAGAGCCGGGCACCUCGUCACAGAACGUUGAGCUGCUGGAAAGCACCGACUCGAAGGACGGUGAUAUAGGCAAGAACACCAAGGACGGCUCGAAGCAGCACAAGAAGAACAGCGCCAAUAAAAAGUCCAACAAGAAGCAGAAUAACCGCAAGAACAAUUUGACUCCACUGCAGCAAUUUGACACUGAACUUACGCAAAAGAUAUUCAGCACCAUGGAGAAGCACAAGGAGGUGUUCUUCGUGGUGCGCCUUCACUCGAGUCAAUCCGCCGCCAGUCUGCCGCCGGUCAGCGACCCUGAUACCUUGAUUAAUUGUGAUCUCAUGGACGGUCGUGAUGCCUUCCUCACCCUUGCCCGUGAUAAGCAUUACGAAUUCUCUAGCCUGCGGAGGACCAAGUUCUCCAGCCUGGCGAUGCUCUACGAGUUGCACAACAGCAGCAACGACCGCUUCCUCUACACGUGCAAUAACUGCAAGCGGCAGCUGAUCGACUCGCGCUACCACUGCUCCACCUGUGAUGACUUUGAUCUCUGCGUCAGCUGCUACCAGCGCGACAGUCACAACCACCCCAUGGACCGGGUCGACUUUGGCGAGCUCGGUCUGGGCAGCAUGGGCGGCGACGAGAGCGCGGGCGCUCCGGGCAGUCUGGCGACCUCGCCCAGCGAGACGCGCCGCCUGUCGAUUCAGCGGUGCAUCCAGAACCUCUACCACGCCUGUCAGUGCCGCGACGCCAACUGCCGGCGCAUGUCUUGCCUGAAGAUGAAGCGCGUGGUGCAGCACGCCAAGGCCUGCAAGCGGCGCAGCGCCAUGGGCGGCGGCAACGCCCAGGGCCACUCGCACUGUCCCAUCUGCAAGCAGCUCAUUGCCCUGUGCUGCUACCACGCGAAGCACUGCGAGGAGACGAAGUGCCCGGUGCCGUACUGCAUGAACAUCAAGCAGAAGCUCAGUCACCAGCGGCUGCAGCACCGCAUUGCCCAGCAGGCGCUGGUCAACCGGCGCAUGGCGUCGAUGCUGCUGGCGUCGCAGGCGAACUCGCAGAGCAACUCCUCCUCCAGCGCGCAGGCGAGCAGCAGCAGCGGCGCCAUGUCCACGCCCUUCAGUCCUCAGCAGGUAUUCGCAGCCGUACAUGAAGCCAGCCGCGGCGACGCCUCCGCCGGCCGGCGCCCUGCAGGCUGCCGCCCAGGUGCAAGCGGUGGCCCGUCAGCAGCAGAACGCCCAGAUGAACAACCACUCUAUGAAUGUGAAUCCGUAUGGAAAGGGCGGCAAGCCGAUGCACCACUUUACCUCACAGUCACAGCAGCCGCAGCCUAA